GUAGUAUAAAAAUAAAAGAUAGGUCUUACGUUUAUCUUUUAACGUAGCCGAGGAAGAUACAGGUAUCCGACACAAAAUUUUCUAAAAAAUUGCGGACGUCAUGUAUGCGAUUCAUCUUCUGAAUUACCCCUCUGAGCUCCAGGGUGACUGGCGGAUUUAAAGCUUUAAUUGGGAUGUAUUUUCAUGAGUCCAGGCGCUUGCUCGCUAGCUUGUUUUCACCGGUUUUGCUUGACAAGGAAAAGACUGCACAUAAUCUGACAGACAACUGCAUAUUGCGGGCGGCGCCAUCUUGUGGCGGGUAAGAAGACGCGCCAUUUAUUUUCAACCCGGAAGUAAAAGCGCAGAGGUCGUCAUGGGAAGCAAAGUCAGCUCCAAAAUGGCUACUCCGGCCGCCAGAGUUAUUCAGGCUGUGCGGCCACAUGCACCCAUGAUUAAGUUUCCGAGCAGGCAAGACAUGCCUAAACCAAAUGCCCAAGAAGCAUUGAAAACAUUACUAGUCAAUGUCUCACAAGCCAACAACCCCAGCUCAGCGCCACCACAAAUAUCAGCGAGUCGUGUAACUUUGCCGCCCAUCCCGGGCACACCUGACACUUUGGCAUCUAUUCAGUUAGUCCCUGCAAGGUACCGCCGGAGACCGCUGGUGAUAGAGGAGAUGGAAUACAUUCAGCGUGGCGGACCAGAGUGAUGGAAUAUAUUUAAACCAAGUCCUUAUCCAUGGAGGCCAACGUCUGGAUGUCUUUUCUCUUCUUGACACAGGAAGAGGUCACAAUGUAGAAUAAACUAUCCAACUCCUCUCAUACUGUAUAUAUGUGUAUUAUUCCAAAUGUUAACCUUUUAAGACUCUUAAAAGGACAUUUUUAAUAAAUGUUAUUUUACAUUGGAAACUUGCACCAGACUGCUGCUUUAAUUUGCUUCAUUUGGUUGACAGAAAAUUCUUUAUGCCAUCGUGACUUGUAUUUAUCAUUGUUUGUUCUAAUGCUGCAUUCAAGUCAAUAAAGCCAUAUUCAAUUCCAUU